AUACUUGCAACUGGUGGUAAAAUUAGUUCCAUAUAAAGAAAUCGAUAAUUUUGUUAGAGAAGUUCACUGUUUAUAGUACUUUCGUUGCUGUCAAGUCACGCAAACGUAUAUUUUUGCUUAAAUAUUUAAAUCCAUUCAGUCGAUUGUCACAAAUUGUUUAGUGGGACACAACAAAGAAGUAAAACUAAAAAGAAAAUCAAAUUUUAUCAAUUCUAAAUUGAACUUUUUGGCUUUUAAACUUAAUCAGUUUGUUCAUAAUUCGUCGGCAAAAAUUUUGCGAGCUGUGCUCAACAUUGACUUUGAGAAACAGUUGAUUAGUUGAUUUUUAGCAUACUUUGAAUGUAGUCAAAAAAUAAACAUGAGGAAAAUAAUAAUUUUCCUGUAUUUCAUAUGUUCGUGUUUGGCAGCCACGACAACUGAACAUGAGGUAUGAUUCAAUGUGUAUACAUAAUUAGUACAGUGAGUGAUGAAAGUUAUUGCAAUUCUUUUGUUGCAGUGCUCGAACCAAAAUAUCUCAAAAGAGGAUUUAGAAAUUCAAAGAAUCAAUGAGGUAGAAAAACAAAAGCAAAUUCAAUUGCAAUUACAAUUGAAUCAAACUAAGUCAUUUCUUGAUAAUAGUACAGCUACGAGCUGUCUUCCUUUUGGAGAUUAUCCGGGGGUCCAUCAAAUAAAAGUAUCCGGCUUUGGUUUCUUCAAUGUUAAGUGUGAUAUUCAGUCAGCUGGUCCUGGAUGGAUAAUUAUUCAACAGCGAGUCGGCACAAUACAGAGUGACUUUUUCCUUGGAUUGGAGAAAAUUCAUCGUCUGACAAAUUCACAACGCUUUGAACUCUUGUUGCAUUUUGUUGGUAGAAAUGGUUUGACCUUCUACGCUCAAUACGACAACUUUAAAAUAUCUGAUGAAGACACUGGUUACGCACUCAGCUUGGGUGCAUUUAAUGGAAAUGUGAGGGAUGGACUAAGAGACAGUGAGCACAUGAAAUUCUCAACAUCCGAUCGGGAUGCUUUAGAUUUUCUCAAUUGUGCACAAGAAUUCAAAAAUGGCUGGUGGCACAGAGGUUGCUUCGAUUGGAAUUUAAAUUUACUAGACGGCAUAGACGAAACAUUGGAUUUCUUUGGAGUUCCUCUUAAAUCAGUUCAGAUGCUUAUACGCCCAAAGGAAUAGGGAAUAUAAUUGUAA